CUUUCAUUUGAAUUUAGAAGAUUCCAUGAAUUUUUGGGUUUCGUUUUGUACAUAUGCCACAAUAGAUGAGAGCUACAGAGUUGGGACCACUGUGGACUAUUUUGCUCAGGACCAUACAUAAGAAUCACUGCCCCAAAAUGAUAUUGCCUAUAUUAUCUCUUUCUGAAAUUUCCCUUAGCCAUCUCUCUAAAAUAAGUUCCCUUUUCCUCGGAACUGCAAUGGUUUCGGCGUUAUAAAAGUUUUGAAUGAACAAUGAUGAUUCCUGCAAUAUCAAGCUACCUUCUAUGUAUGCUUCUAAAACUUUAUUUAAAUACCUUUGAAAUAGGUUCGUUUUUUGCUUGCUCUAUCUCAGUUGAAGACAAUGUACCAUGGAGGUUACACUGCUGAAAUUACAAGCUUAUCUCCAAAAGUUACCGAGAAGGAUCUCCGUGACUUUUUCGCAUACUGUGGUGUAAUUGAACAUGUCGAAAUUAUCAGAUGUGGGGAAUAUGCUUGUACGGCUUAUGUGACAUUUAAAGAUCCCUAUUCACUGGAAACUGCAGUCUUACUCAGUGUAAGCUCGACUCGUACUUCCAACGAGGGAAAUAAGUUACAUUCCUUUUCUAAAAGAAAAAAGAAUUGUGUUCUUUCAGCUACCUGGAAGGGAGCUACAAUUGUUGAUCAGUCUGUAUGGAUAUCAAGGUGGGGUUCCUAUGAUGAUGAUUCAUAUCCUUGGGAUGGUUCUUCAUGGAAAGCUCAAGAGGAUACUAGCUCAACGGUUACCCAUAUGCAUCCAUUUGUCUCUUCUCCCGGAGAAGCGGUGACUGUUGUGAAAACAAUGCUAGCCAAGGGGUAUGUUUUGGGCAAAGAUGCCCUUGUCAAGGCUAAAGACUUGGACGAGUCAUAUCGAGUCUCUGCUACCGCAGCCGCCAAAGUUGCUGAGCUUAGCAAUAGAAUUGGCCUCACUGAUAAGAUCAACACUAGCAUGGAAACUGUAAAAUCAGUGGAUGAGAAGUAUCAUGUUUCGGACAUCACAAAAUCUGUUGCAUCAGUUACCGGGACUGCAGUGCUAACAGCUGCAAGUUUUACCGGGAGAACAGCUGUAGCAGCCAGCGAUGCUGUAGUCAAUAGCAGCUAUUUUGCCAAGGGAGCACUCUGGGUUUCCGGCAUGUUGAACCGCGCAGCUCAGGCGGCCGCUGAUCUGGGUAGCCAUGGAAAUAAACAAACACCAAGCUAAGUGUCGUAUAACACCCGUUUUACUGGUACUUUCCCAUCCUUUGUUUUGUGUAAAAAAUAAUCGAUACUCGUAUUUGUUACGUACCAGUCUAGUAUACGCUUGUGUACAACGGUAAUAACUUGAAAGUUGAGUUAGAUGGCUGUAAAUGUCCAUGUCCAGUUGGCCUUUUUUUUUAGAUAUGGUUGAAAGAAUCCAAAUUCAAACCAA